GGCCCCCUUUUCCUGUCUUUACUUCUCUCCUCUCUUUUCGUGCCCGUCGCUCCAUGGAUCCCCUCUUCUCUCUCUGCAUCACACGUCCACUCGUGAGACUCGAGGAGGUCAGACUGACCAGAGAUACGUCAACACUAAUGGUUUAAUUAAUACUUUGCCAACUCGCCUUACACUCGCUCAACCCACACUCGCUUUUACCUAUUUUUAUUUUUUUUGCAAUCGCCUUCUCCCGUUUAUUCGUCUACAACGCGAUCCACAAACGAAAGGAAGCCAUUGCCCAAACUCGCUCGACAAGUGAUCCGAAAGCCGUCGAUAUCCCACCCCAGAGAUCACCACCGAAGCCUUAACUGGUCUUUGGAAAAAUAGAUAGAGCGCUGUUGACUGCCGGCCAUCGCUCCUGUUUCGUUUCACCCGCGGACCGACCGAACCCAGCACGACCGACGUGUUUCCCAUCCUUCCUUAGCCGUGUUUUGCCUCGGGUAUUACACGGCUCCUACUUGCCGGCUGCCGUCGUCGCCCGGCUUUAACUGCAACAAAGGAACUUGGCCUGGCCAGCCUUGGCUGCCUUCUUCACUCGCUCGUCGUUUCCUACUUUGAAGGGAGGACCAUAAGAGGGGAGAAACCGGCCCAACACUAGCGAUCAAGCAAGGCCGAAGCCAGAAAAUAGCCGGGUCGAUUCACACCGUUACGCGGCCGACACUCAACGGCCAUCGCCCUUUGCGCGACAGCCAACAUCGACAACAUCGAUUUCAAUCCCACCACUCCAACAUGAAAUCCACGAUAUUCUCGCUCGGCGCUACCGCCUUGGUGUGCGCGUCGACGGUGCUCGGCGCGGACCUCAAGUGCUCGCUGACCAAGAAGUGCCCCAAGGAGGCCCCUUGCUGUGGACUCUACGGCGACUGCGGCACUGGGGCCUUCUGCCUCGGCGGCUGCGACCCGCGCAUGUCCUUCUCGCUCGAGUCGUGCAUGCCGGCGCCGACGUGCAAGAGCCAAAAGUACUCGUUCAACAACCUCGACAAAGUGGCCGAUAUCUCAAAGUACCUGGGCGACCCCAAGAAGUCGGACUGGGUCGCCCAGGGCGAGCCGCUCGUGUCGGACGGCGCCCUGCUGCUGACGAUGCCGCCGCGCUCCGUCGGCACCGUCUUGUCGUCGACGGCCUACAUGUGGUACGGCAGCGUCAAGGCGAAGAUCAAGACCUCGCGCGGCGCCGGCGUCGUCACGGGCUUCAUCCUGUUCAGCGACGUCAAGGACGAGAUCGACUACGAGUGGGUCGGCACCGAGCUGGAGGUUGCGCAGACCAACUACUACUUCCAAGGCAUCCCCAACUACGACAACUCAAAGAACAUCUCCCUCUCCAACACCUAUGACAACUGGCACACGUACGAGAUCCAGUGGACCCCCGACGAGAUCACCUGGCUCGUCGACGGCCAAAAGGGCCGCACCAAGAAGCGGUCCGAGACGUGGAACGCCACGGCCAACCAGUGGAACUUCCCCCAGACCCCGUCGCGCGUGCAGCUCUCGCUCUGGCCCGGCGGCGCCGAGACGAACCCCAAGGGCACCGUCGACUGGGCCGGCGGCAAGAUUGACUGGAACAACCACGAGGACAUCAAGAAGCACGGCUUCUACUACGCCAUGGUCGAGUCGGUCGAGGUCAGCUGCAUGAACAGCCCCAACGCGCCCGGGACUAGCAAGGGCUCGGGGUACUGGUACACCGACUACAGGGGCACCAACGACACGGUCCGCGACGGCGACAAGCGCACCACCCUCAAGUCCCUCGCCGGCUCCGGCAUCGACAUGGACGCCGGCGGCUCCGACGCCUCGUCGUCCACGUCCGGCGGCUCCGCCUCCUCCCCUGCCCAGACGGGCGCCUCGGCACCCGCGCCCCAGGUCCCCGGAGGUAGCCUCGUCGGCCCCGGCGCCGACGGCCGCGUCGGCAGCGACGGCAGCGCCCCCGCGCCGCCCGCCGCCGACUGCAACUCAAAGACGUUUGUGCAGACGUGCGGCCAGCAGCCGAAGAGCCUCGCCGCCCGCGCCGCCCCGUCGUCCCUGGCCGGCGGCGCCCUGGCCGUCGUGGCUGCCCUGGUCGCCGUCGCUGCGCUAUGAGGGCGGGGGGACUGGUUCAUAGCUGGAUGACCUGGUGUGGUGAUGGAGUUUCUUGUGUCCCUUUAUAUAUAAUGUUGGUUUUGCGUCAUCUUCCGUCGAUGGUUUCUGCUUUCAGUAAUGAACGACCUGGGAACACCUAAUUACGGCUGGCGUCUAUGGCGCUUCAAUAACUCACUGACGAAUGUUCAAAUGGUAUUCUUUUUCCGCUUUGUAUUCUCAGUGCGAUUGACGUUUAGCCCAUGACCUUUCACUCAAUACUUGGGGUUUGUGUGAAUGUACGUACUAAAUAAUGCU